CGCACUCGGGCUCCGAUAUGUUUUUAUUCAACAAAAGGCCACUUCUUCAGGGGGAAGAGAGCCGAGGUCUCAGGCCAGUGGCGGCGGCGGAAGUACAGAGUGGUGUCGGUCGUCCUCACCGGCGUCGGGGACGCAGCGCGCGGCGACGGAAGGCCGUAUUCUCGUCAGGGCCGCCGCAGCCAGCACCGAGCGCGGAGAUCUCCUCCUCAACGCUGCGGCCGUGUCGACCAGCUCGCCGGCGGCCAGAUCUCCUGUACAGCGCAUUUACCUACUGCAGCAGCUGCAACUCGAAGGCUGCGCCGGUGGUGAGCGGCGGCGGCGCCAUCCUAUCCCCUCGAGGGAUUCUUCCGGCCAGGUGGAGCUAUGAGCCGCCGCUUUGUCCCCGUCAGCAGACGCAUCUUAGAGCAGAACAUCAAGGCUCCGUACCACGCCGGAGACAUUGGCACCGAGGACGCACUCCACCUGUUUGACGAAUUGCUCCAGGUUGCUGGGCGCUCCUCGAUCCAUGCCAUCAACUGCCUCCUCACCGUUGUCUGCCAUGAUUGCCCUGCGCUCGGCGUCUCCCUCUUCAACCGCGUCGCAAGGUCCAAGGUGGCGCCCUGCAGUAUCACCUAUGCCAUUCUGGUCGACUGCUGCUGCCGCGCUGGCCGCCUGGACCUUGGACACACUGCCAUGGGACACAUCAUCAAGAUGGGAUUUACUGCAGAUGCUAUGAUCACUUUCAGCCACCUACUCAAGGCCAUAUGUGCAGAGAACAAGACCAGCUAUGCAAUGGACAUCGUACUCCGAAUAAUGCCCAUGUUUAACUGCGUACCCAACAAUUUCUCCUACAACAUUCUUUUCAAGGGUCUUUGCAACGAAAGGAGAAGCCAAGAGGCUCUUGAGCUGAUUCACAUGAUGGUACAGCAUGGAGGUAGCUGCCAACCUAAUGUGGUGUCCUAUAACACCGUAGUUGAUGGCCUGUUGAAAGAGGGUGAGGUGGGCAAAGCUUACACCCUAUUUUCUGAAAUGCUGCGUCAGGGGAUAUCACCGGAUGUUGUGACCUGUCGUUCCAUCAUCUCUGGCAUGUGCAAGGUUCAUGCAAUGGACAAGGCUGAGGAGGUUCUUCAACAGAUGCUUGAUAGAAGAAUUCUGCCAGAUGUUGCCACAUAUAAUAGUCUGAUACAUGGAUAUUAUUUAUUAGGACAGUGCGAAGAGGUGGAUCGGAUUUUCAAGGAAAUGUCUAGAAAUGGUGUUCAACCAAAUGUUGUAACUUACACUAUACAGAUGGAUUAUCUUUGCAAGAGCGGAAGAUGCGCAGAAGCUAGGAAGAUUUUUGAUUCUAUGAUCAGUUUGGGCCAAAAACCGGAUGUUUAUACCUACAGUAUUCUACUGCAUGGGUAUGCUAUGGAAAAAUCUUUUCAUGAUAUGCAUUGUCUCAUUGAUUUGAUGGUAGAAAAUGGUAUUGCACCAGAUCAUCAUGUCUACAACAUACUCAUAUCUGCAUGUGCUCAAGAAGAAAUGGUUAGUGACGUAAUGCAUAUAUUUACAAAAAUGCGGCAGCAAGGAUUGAACCCUAAUGUAGCGAACUAUGGAGUGGUUGUAAACUUGCUUUGCAGCAUGGGCCGAAUGGAUGAUGCUAUGUACCAAUACAAUCAAAUGAUAACCGAAGGAUUAGAUCCUGAUAUCAUAGUUUUCAGCACCCUUAUAAGUGGUUUUUGUUCUUGUGGCGCAUGGGAGAGGGUUCAUGAAAUAUUUUCUGAAAUGUUGAAUCGUGGCAUCUAUCCUGAUACCGUGUUCUUCAACAUAAUUAUGGACCACCUUUGCAAAGAGGGAAGGGUUAUGGAAGCCCAGGAUAUCUUCGACCUGAUGGUACACAUGGGUGUGAAGCCUUUUGUCCGUGAUUACAACACACUGAUACAUGGAUACUGUUUAGUUGGUAAGAUGGA